ACUCGAACACCGCUUUUCACAACCCGAUAUUCUCUGAACGCUUAUCCUUUCUUCCCCACACGAGCGCGACACACCAAGCGUUGGCGAAAGCCGGGCUACCCAUUUCGUGUUAACACUCAAGACCAAUCAUUUGCCUUUCCAGUCAAUCUUGGCAGAUGGACACUUCGGAUUCGGAACCGUUACUUGGGGACAGAAGAAGAAUUAAGGAUGCGACUAAUAACGACAGUGACUUCUCGGUACGGGCUGUACUCGCUGGAAUGCUCAUCGGUGUCCUGAUCAACAUCUCCAAUACCUAUUAUGGCCUCAUCUCAGGUAGCAGCCAACAGAUGCCCAUAGUUUCUGCACUUCUUGGCUACCUUGGAUUCAGAUUCCUCUCUAGAUUCGGUGUCGAAAAACUUUCCAGGGCCGAGAAUGUACUAAUCGCAAGCACCGCCACAGCCACUGGCUGCAUGCCUGUUACAGCGGGCUUCGCUGAGUUGAUCCCUGCGCUCGAGUAUAUACUUGAGCCUGUAGAUAUGGGCCCAGUGCAUCUAUCGUGGCAAAGUUCAGUUGUUUGGUCGCUUGGCGUCGCUUUCUUUGGUAUAAUAUUUGCGUCGUUGCUCAGAAGGUCGCUUGUCAUGCCCAAAGAUAUGCCAUGGCCUGGUGCAACAGCAAGCUCAAACGUCAUAAAGUCGCUGCACACACCUACCGUGGAUCGUACGAUAGCCGAAGAUCAGACAGAACAAGAGCAUGCGGGUUUCACCCCUCAUCGACUGCGCGCGAUCUUCAAUUCGGCGGGUGUUUCUUCCAUCAUCACUGUCUUUACAUAUUUCCUACCAGUCCUCCACGAUUUGCCUAUAUUUGGAUCACACGUGGCAAACACAUGGCUUUGGACAGCUACGUUGUCGCCCGGCUUUUUUGGCGGCGGGAUGAUUAUGGGUCCAGAAAUUACCCUACAUAUGCUGCUGGGCGCAAUCGUGGGAUGGGCGAUACUUAGUCCAUACGCCAAAACUCGAGGCUAUGCCCCAGGACCAACCGAUGACUGGGAGACUGGCAGCCGAGGUUGGAUUAUCUGGAUUAGUCUAUCCGCUCUCAUUGCCGACGCGGUGGUCAAGAUAGGCUGGAUUUGUCUUGAAGCUGUCCAUAACAACGGCGCGCGGUACCUCACUGCAUACACGCACUACUUUCGAAGUCAUGCUGUGUGGCAUCGAGGCUUGGCAAGGGAAGACACGCUUGCUGCAGAUCAUGAAAUCUCCAAUGAUAGUAAUACAGACGCACCAAUGAGUAUCAUGAAGCGAACAGCACCGAUAGCUGCUUUUGGUCUGUCAAUACUCUUGUGCGUCGCGACUACCACGAUCGUGUUUUCCUCAGUAGUACCGUGGUAUCACGUGCUUCUAUCAGUGCUACUAGCCUUGCCAAUGGCAGUCGUUAGCAUUAGAACUCUGGGGGAGUCAGAUUACAAUCCACAGAGUGGUCUAUUAUCUCAACUGUUUUUCGCAUCCAUUGUCCCACACUCGAGCGCCAACGGUGUUCUGAUCAACAUCAUCUCUGCAUCUAUCUCCACAGCUGGCGCGAGCCAAACCGGCGACCUCGCAUACGACUUCAAGAUUGGGCAACUUGUAGGCGCUAUGCCUACUGCCCAGUUAUUCGGUCAGGUUAUCGGGUCAGUAUUUGGAGCAAUAGUUUCUAGCGUAACGUAUAGGCUUUAUGUAUCAAGAUUUCAGAUCCCGGGAUCUUUCCUGCAGGUCCCUUCCGCCUUUCUUCUUGUCAGCACGGCAAAACUAGUGUUGGGGAGAGGGCUUCCCUCUGGAGUAUCAAUAUUCAUGCUAGGCUUCGGUAUGUUCUUUGUGGCCGCAACGAUUCUGCGCACAUUAUAUCCGAAUCGCUGGUGGCGGGUGUUUAUUCCUUCGGGUGUAUCUUUCGCCGUUGGGAUAUUUCUUCUCCCAGCAUAUACUAUCGCACGAACUGCAGGCGGGCUGUUCACGUGGGUCUGGAUUCGUCGUACUCCCUCGAAUGCAUCGAGCGUCGAGGUUAUUGGUAGUGGGCUGAUUCUUGGAGAAGCAAUCGCAAGCCUUUUCAACCUGGGGUUUACAGCCUUUGGCCUACCGCAAUUUGGACCUCAGUCUCCGCUGUAACGAUGCGAUCACUGUGUCUACCGAUGAUAUCGCAACGGGUAUAUGACCUUUUGAGGUAGAAGAGUCGUCGGAUAUGGAGGUUGAGUGGAACAUUUAGGUAGAGUUGCUAGAGUAACCAUUACUUGCAUG